UUAUCCCGGAUGUUACAGUGCUGGCGGAUUAGUCCGGUUUCUCUCUUUCAUGGCGCAAUUCAGCAGCGCUCUUCGUCUCACAGACCUGGACGACUUUAUCGCGCCGUCUCAGGACUGUAUAAAACCGGUCAAGGUCGAGCGACUGCCCGGAUCCAAAGCGGGCAAACUUGCGAUCGAAAACGACGGAGAUUACUACCAAAUCGACGAGCAGGGAACGAAGACGCCACUCCCGAAGGCCAAAAUAACGCUCAACGACUGUCUCGCAUGCAGCGGGUGCGUGACGUCGGCGGAAACGGUGCUCAUAAGGCAACAGAGUGGAGAAGAAAUGUGUCGCGUGUUGGACGAGAGUCUGGCGGCACCUCCCGAGAGCUGCGGGCAUCGUUUUCCCGUCGUCUCGCUCUCUCCGCAGUCUCGGGUGUCACUCGCCGCUCGCUACGGGCUGACACUGAAAGAGACCGAGGAGAAACUGACGACCGUUUUGAAAGGGUUUGGUGUUGCGAGGGUGUAUGAUACCACAGUAGCCAAUCACGUCGCUCUGAUUGAAAGCGGGAAGGAAUUCCUGCGUCGUUAUGGCGGCGACGUGACGUCAUCACCGGGUCCGCUGCCUAUGUUGACGUCAUCGUGUCCCGGAUGGGUAUGUUAUGCUGAGAAAACUCAAGGAUCCUACGUGUUGCCGUUCAUUAGCACGACGAAAUCGCCUCAACAGAUUAUGGGAUCGUUAGUGAAGGAUUAUAUAGCCGACAUAAACGGCGUACGUCCGAAUAGUGUGUACCACAUUGCAGUGAUGCCGUGCUAUGAUAAGAAAUUGGAAGCGUCGAGAGACGAUUUCUAUAACGACGUUUUUCGGACAAAGGACGUCGACUGUGUGGUGACAUCGGUCGAGAUCGAGCGGCUACUGGAAGACAAACGAAUCGAUUUCCUAUCUGUAGAUGCGACUCCUCUAGACACGCUUCCCGGGCACAUCCGAGAGAACCCGCAGGAUCACUGUGGUGGGGGAUCAGGGGGGUAUCUAGAGUUCGUGUUGAGGUACGCUGCAAGGGAGGUGUACGGUCACACGCUCGACAAAAUCACAUACAAAACAGUGAGAAACGUCGACUUCAAGGAAACGACUCUUGAACUAGAAGGAAAGCCGGUGUUCAAGUUUGCGGCCGCUUAUGGGUUCAGGAAUAUUCAGAACGUCGUGCAGAAGAUCAAACGGAAUAAAUGUUCGUAUCAGUUUGUCGAGCUGAUGGCUUGUCCUUCGGGUUGUUUGAAUGGUGGAGGUCAGAUCAGACCGCAGGAGGGACAGAAUGCUAAGGAUCUCGUGAUGAGACUCAACGAUGUGUAUGCGAUGGCUGACAUGGUGGAUCCCUUGACGUGUGGGGGCGUGUCACGAUUGUAUGCAGAUUGGUUGAAUGGAGAGGACAGUGAGAAGGCACAGAAGUGCCUACACACACAGUACCACGCAGUCGAAAAGAUAGAAAAUGCGUUUAAUAUAAAAUGGUGACAUUUUUAUAGAUUUAUAUCUGCAGACUUGACAGUGGCUUGUUAAUAUUAAUGCAAAGUUAUUUUCUCUGUCUA